AUGAAUAAACAAAACUUUAUCAAUUGUUAUCUGUAUUCUCAUAGACCUGAUGUAGAAUAUUUGACUACUGGAAGCAAUUCAAUUCACCCAACAACGGAUUUAUUUGAUAAAAAUGAAAAAUUAAUUUUGAAAAAUGAAACAUCGAAUGUUAGACAAAUAAUUGAUCUGUUUAACAAAUGUGCUAAUAAUCAUCUAUCUAGUAUCCAGAAUAUAGAGUUGAAUAGAAAUGAACCGCUUUGGACUAACGAACGAAUCUAUUUGAGACCAGUGAAUAAAACACUUAAUCUUUGGAAUUCUAAUGAACAGCCAAAUUCCAAGUCCUUUUCGUCAAAUAUAACCACCCAAUCAAUCAUAAAUAUGCAAGUGAAUCACACUGAUCUAAGUAUUGAUUCACCGUCAGUUAAAGACAUAAUCAAUAAUAUAAAUCAUAAAUUCAACCAACUAAAUUGUAAUGUACCAAUGGAUAAACAUAAUCAUUACCACAAACCGAAACAACACUCAUUUAAAAUGUGUACCUAUCCAAAUGUGUUACAUAAGGAUUCCAUUCAAACUGAACAAAAUCAACGACCUAUUGAUAGAAAAGAAGGAAACGAAAAAGAAAACAAUGCUGACAAUAAUAAACCCACUGUAGAUGAAUGUACAUACAGAAAUAUAGAACUAAAUUCUAACUUGUGCUUUAAACAGUACACAACAUUCAUUCAAAGAAAUUGCUAUCAGAAUCUCGGAUUUUCAGUAUCAUAUAUGACUUCGUUAUUCAACGAAACUUCAAAUAAUUAUGUAGUAAUAAGUGAUAUUCAACUUCUCAAUCAAAACAAGGAUUUACAAAUCGGGGAUCGCAUAUUAUCAGUAAACAAAAUAAAUUUAACCAACAUGGAUUUGAUGAAAGCAGUUAAAUUACUAAAAUCUGUGCAAUCUCCAAUUCAAUUAGAAAUGCAAAGGCUGAAUAUUGUGGAUUUGUCACUGGAUAAUGAUUAUGAAGAAGAUUGCCUGUCAGUCGAUACAGAUACAGAUGAAGAGACUGAAAUAAUAACAAGAAUUAUUGACCUUGCACAAAAUCAUUUCUCUGGCAAGCGCAUAAAAACCAAUGAACAAUCUAAGUUGGAGAACCCUCAAAAAAUAGAUCAACAUGAAGUUAAACUAACUCACACUGAUAACAAUAAUACAAUCAAUGAUACAAUAACGAAAAGCGAAAUGCAAAGUCAACGUACUCAAUUGUUACAACGAAAAGUAAUGAAAUGGUUAUUUGUGUAUCGAGCAUUUAUCCAGUCUAUAAAAUAUCGAUCAAAACAACUUGACAAAGAUGAAUACGAAUGUUUGGAAUUAUUCGCUAAGACAAUGAAUGAAAUUAUGAAAGAAGAUGAUCCAAUGGAUAAUGAUGAUGAGACUGAUGAUAAUGCAAACGAAAAAGUGUGGAGAGAGGGUAUUGUUUCAAGUGAGUUAAAAUAUUUCCUAACUUCUUUAAUGCGUUGA